AUGGCCACCACUGGACGCGUCAGCUUCACCGUGCGCAGCCUCCUGGAUUUACCAGAGCAGGACACGCAGCACCCGCGGAGGCGGGAGCCGGAGCCGCGCUCGUCCCUGCGCCUUGGCCCGUGUGCGGUCUGGCUGGAACCAGAGCGCGGCCACUACCCCUCUUCGGACGAGAGCAUCUCGGAGACCAACCCGCCCGAUUCGUCACAGGGGCCGUCCCCACGCCCUGCAUCGCCGGGCUCAGACGCUGAGAAGAGGAAGAAGCGGCGGGUGUUGUUCUCCAAGGAGCAGACGCUGGAGCUGGAGCGGCGCUUCCGGCAGCAGCGCUACUUGUCGGCGCCAGAGCGGGAGCAGCUGGCGCGCCUGCUGCGUCUCACGCCCACGCAGGUCAAGAUCUGGUUCCAGAACCAUCGUUACAAGCUGAAGCGCUCGCGCACUUCAGGAGCGGUGGGGUCUCCUGACCUCGCCGCCGCUGCGGAGAGGCGCUCCGCGCCGGGUCUGCUGCGCCGCGUGGUGGUGCCCGUUCUGGUGCGCGACGGGCAGCCGUGCGGCGGCAGUGGGGGCGGCGAGGCGGGCCCAGCCGCAGCCCAGGACAAGUGCGGCGUACCCCAGGCCGCCGCCGCCUGCCCUCUGCCGGGUUACGCCGCCUUCAGCCCGGCCUCAGCUCUCGGCCUCUUCCCCGCCUACCAGCACUUAGCGCCCACCGCCCUAGUCUCCUGGAACUGGUGA